AUGGCGGCCGUCAUGAGAUUUGUCAACAGCAGCGCGUUCGGUCCGGCAAUGGGUCAGCAGUACGUGGCGCUGAGCUUAGCAGCAAAGGCUGGUGUAAGAGCAGGCCGUGCUCUCCCGGAGAAGGUGAAGAUAGUGGAGGUGGGACCCAGAGAUGGUCUCCAGAAUGAAAAGACCAUCGUGCCAACGGAGACUAAAAUCCAUUUGAUCGACAUGCUGUCGGCGUCGGGGCUGUCGGUCAUCGAGGCCACCAGCUUUGUGUCACCAAAAUGGGUUCCACAGAUGGCGGACCAGGUGGAGGUGAUGAAAGGGAUCGAUAGGAGACCUGGAGUGUCUUACCCGGUCCUCACCCCCAACCUCAAGGGUUUCCAGGCUGCUGUGAAGGCAGGCGCUUCAGAGGUAGCCAUAUUUGGUGCCGCAUCCGAGCUGUUCAGUAAGAAGAACAUAAACUGCUCAGUGGAAGAGAGUUUACAGCGCUUUGACGAGGUCAUGAGAACAGCUAAAGAGGCCGGCGUGCCAGUUAGAGGGUAUGUGUCAUGUGUUCUUGGAUGUCCGUAUGAAGGCAAGGUGGCACCUGAAAAAGUUGCACAUGUAGCCAAGCGUCUGUACUCCAUGGGCUGCUAUGAGAUCUCUCUGGGGGACACUAUUGGAGUGGGGACCCCAGGCAGCAUGAGCGAAAUGCUGGAGGUGGUGAGCAGAGAGGUGCCAGUUGAUGCCUUAGCCGUGCACUGCCACGAUACCUACGGCCAGGCCCUGGCUAACAUCCUGGUCGCCUUACAGAUGGGAAUCAGUGUGGUGGACUCGUCAGUAGCCGGGCUGGGCGGCUGUCCCUAUGCCCACGGCGCCUCUGGAAAUGUUGCGACUGAAGAUGUCGUCUAUAUGCUGCAUGGACUCGGGAUUCAAACGGGAGUGGACCUCCCCAAGCUGAUGGAUGCUGGAGCUUUCAUCUGUCGGACCCUCAACAGAAAGACCAACUCCAAAGUGGCGCAGGCUACCUGCAAGCUAUAGACCAAACCCAAACACAGGGCUCUAUUCCACAGACUGUACACUGUAACACCAGCAUGUGACCUGGAGCCAUCGUCCUCUGUGUGUGCACUUCUCCCUAUUCUCAUUUUAGUUUAAUUCUUCCUCUCCCUGGUGAGAGAACAUCCCAUUUAGAUUCUACUGAACUCUGGUUUGAAUAAAAUAUCAGAUUAAAUAUUCACCACACGAUGGCAUAGCUGGAACAGUGCCUUUAUGUGAAGUCAGUCUAAUGAUACAGAUGAUACUUAUUAAAAGCCAUGCCAUCCCCGAUUCUUUAAUAGUGGGCUGACAUUCCUUUCUGGGACAGACUUUUUAUUUUAGUAAAUGGACCAGUGAAAAUAAUGUCUUGGUGACGGGUAAACUCACUUUUGAUGUCAGAAAAGAGAGAAGAGUUGUUAUGACUUCUGUUAUCCUCAGUGUGCAGAGAUCCGUCAUCAAAUGGGAAUCAUCCCUUUGGGCAUUCUACUGGUUGUGUAUUUAUUUUAAAUUUUCUCUGUUCAAAUUUCACUUGUACAUAUCCAACUAGAUUGUGAAUACUCAAAAAUAAAUAAUAUUUCAUUAAAUCAAA